UAUAUACUCAUCGGUGAUCACUGUUCGUAUUUGCUACUACCAUGGUUAUUGAACGAAAAAUCCUCUCACCUCAAGAUAUGAAUGCAUGGACUGUUUCUUGUGCAUACGAAGAAAUCGUUACUUUCAUCCAGUCCGUCAGUCGACACGUCACUUCCAAACCUAUCAAGCCAAAUCUGCCGGUUUCUCAGGCGAUCACCUCGGUUGUUGAUCUCUUAAAGGAGCUAAUCAAAAUGAUCGACUCCUUUCCCGCAGAAGAACAGCCCCAGAGGUUUGGUAACAAGGCGUUCCGAUCUUGGUUCAAUUGGUUGAAACAGAAUGCUUCAGAUCUAUGCAAAUCGAUGUUGUUCGCACAAAAUGAAGUCAAAGGUGAUAGCCUUAGCAUCUCUGUGGACGAAGGUUUGGAGGAAGUUGCCGGGUACUUGGUCGAAUCCGUUGGGAAUUCAACUCGCAUCGACUAUGGCACAGGACACGAACUCGCCUUCAUCGCGUUUCUCAUAUGCUUGUUCAAGAUGGGCAUCCUGCGACCACCUACCUCUGGGGGUUCAGUGCCUGGUCAGAUAAAUGAUCACGCGGCUGUAGGACUUGUAGUAAUGCCAGCUUAUCUCCGCCUUGUUCGGCGACUGCAGUUAUACUACCGCAUGGAGCCUGCUGGAUCGCAUGGUGUGUGGUGCCUGGACGACUUCCAGUUUGUCCCCUUCAUCUGGGGCAGUAGUCAACUGAUUGGCCACGACCAGUAUGGACCCAGUUCGAUUCCCGAUAGUCAAAUCGCCUCCAAUGAGAAGGACGCUUACCUGCUUUUCUCGUGUAUCGACUAUAUUUAUCAGAUGAAGACCGGUCCUUUUGCGGAACAUUCGAACACGCUGUACGGUAUCGCCCAAGUCCAUUCGUGGGAAAAGGUGCAGUCUGGAUUGAUCAAAAUGUACAAGGGAGAGGUCUUGGCCAAGUUCCCAGUGAUACAACAUUUCUUGUUCGGACACCUCCUAUCAUUUGACAAGGCUUCGCCCAAAGCACCAGCUACAAACGUCGUAAGGCCGUCAAUGCCUCCUCCAUCUCAACUGCCCCAAUAGUGCUGCAUUGACCUUAUCCCGUUCUCAGACCUUCACAUUACACCCAAUACAAUUGGGGCGUCCGAGGAGUUCUGCGAUCCCGCCUCUGUUGGCCUCCAUUCGUCUGCUUACACCGUGUUCUUCAGCGCAUCGUACAUGUGCACCUUUUCCUACUUAAGUUUGCAUUUCCCACCCCACACUUUUCCCAUAAUCUAUUGAAUGCACAUACUUGCAAAUUUUGCGGCCCCAUCUUUUCGUUGCUACUAUGAUACAUUUCGGC